GGACAACUUACUCAUGUAAGCCGCAAGUAUAAACGAGGCUUUAGGCUUAGCACAGCCAAAGAAAACCACGUCCGGAGUCGGAGCGCACUCCCAUUGGCUAAGCGAGCGCUACGUGUACAUUUCAGCAGCGACAGGUACCUCACGUGUGACAGUUAUCUUUCAUCCUCGAAGUAGAACGACAGACGCUUCUUCCAAUAAAAACAUUUAAUUAAUUCUGAGGAUAUAUUGUUCCACAGCAAAAGCUAUUCCUUUAUAUCCAACUUUUAUUAUUAACGAAUGGAGACAUGCUUUUGAUGCUAAGGUGUAAUUCUACAGGAGGAACUUUCCCACUCUAGACUACACACAGUUAAUGGGUGUACAGAAGCUGAAUCAGGCAGAAGGAUGAAGUCUAAAGGGAAGGCCUCCAAGUCACCCAGGAAACCCUGGACCGACCCAGACCAUGAACCGGAGACAAGUGAGACCAGUGAACCAGGCUCCAGCGAACAGGAGGGCUCCGAGGCAUCGGUCCGUAUAAGAGGCUCCUGGAGGGGAGUCCUGAGAGGAGGGGACCGGGAGCGAGGAGGAGGGGGCGCCGCCCGCGGCCACCACAGGCGCAGACGGUCUCACAACGGUGGCAAAGAACGGAAUGUCCGGCGGCUGGAGAGCAACGAGCGGGAGCGCCAGCGCAUGCACAAACUCAACAAUGCCUUCCAGGCUCUCCGAGAGGCCAUCCCGCACGUCAGAAUGGACAAGAAGCUCUCCAAGAUCGAGACGCUGACGCUGGCCGAGAACUACAUCAAGUCCCUGACCACCAUCAUCCUGGGGAUGUCCAGCACGUGCCUGCCUGCCGGGGAGACCGCGACGGAGACCAGCGCCACACGACUUCUCCAGUGUUACCAGCAGCAUCUGGAGGAGGAUGGGGAGGAGAGCUUGUCUCAGUUCCUCAACCAGAUCCACAGCUUCAGCCAAGGCAGUGAAAAAUCCAGCUAAAAAAAACAUCCAGUGGGCGGGGAGGGGGGGCGCGGGGGGGGGGGGGGCACGUUGACACGCUGCACAUGAUAUUGGGCGCUAUUCCUCUGGACUCUGAGGUAGCGUGUCAUUGUGUGGGGAUUAGGGUCUCAUUGACUAUACUGGGCAGGGCUAGUGUGCUUCAGUGACACAGUACGCCAGAUAUAGAACUGAGCUGAACUCGUUAGCGCUUUAAGAGUGGUGGGAGGUGAUUCUGAGCAGUUUACUUCUGGCAUUGGUCUUCAGAGAACCUAAUGGUGGAGUAGAGGUGAAGACAGACAGGCAGCUUCCUCCCACCUGACGGGCUGACUGCAGCAGAUCGCUCCAGGGGGCUAUGGAGUAGGCCCCACAAUGCUGCAGUCAGGCCACCGUCACAUCAUUCAUAGAAAAGUGAAACAUGAUUUGUGAUGAAUCUAAAGGUGGACACUUCUGACCGACCUUAGUCAAGGAACAUUCAAGUGCCAUUUCAUUUCAUGUUAUCUUUCCUUUUUCUUUCCUUUUUCUAACUGAUGAUUACUCCGGGCGGGGGGGGGGGGGUAUUAUUUGGUUAGAAAUGUGGUUAUUGUUUCGUUAGAAAUGUAUUCUCAAAUUAUAGUUACUCCUCUAACAACCAGCAUACACUGUCACCCUGAGACCCAAGCUGCGUGUGUAGGACCAGCCAUGCUACAGAUGAAGACGUAUCUUCAGCCUUUUAGGAACAAUGUGGGUUUUCCCAACCGAGGACUGCCUCUGGACACAACAGUCACAUACACACAGGACAAGGAUAUGGUUACUACCGUCUUUAGUCAAAUAUCGUAAUGUUUAAGUAAGGAAAAGAAAAUACACCCUAAUGUACAUAGAUACAUGGAUAACUAUAGAUACAUAUUUAAAUGUAUUUCUUCUGCCUGGGGGGACACAGGGAUCUAUUGUAUUUUGACACAGGAAGUUCUGAAGUUACAAAUGGGAAGGCCCGUAGGUAGGGAAAACUGUCUCAAGUGUUGAAACAGGGUGCCUCCUCCGGGGAGAUGUGUUCUGCACAGAUGAAGAUCAUGUUUACUAAGUAGCUCUAUCUUUGUGAUUAGCUACUGUGAAACUACUUAUGUUCUGUAAAUGUAUUUACAGUUCCAGAGGAACCCAAGUGAACAUGGUAUGUAAAAAGAUCCUCUGUAGCUCAUUUGGGAGUCUCUUCCAGUCCCAGGGGGUUGGGUUUGAUUCCUAAGAACACCUGUAUGAAAACAUCAAGACUAUUUCCCAUUUUAAAGGCUAAAUGGCAAUUAUUCCAUUAAAGUGGUAGUGUCUGUAACAGGUUAAUUUGAUUACAAAGACAUGUAUGGUGCUCUAAUA